ACCUCCAUCAAUGUGUUCCGCUUGCAUAUCUCUACAGUCCUACAAUGACUAUGUCGCUCUUUCGAUUGCCAAAAGAAGUUCGUCUAGCGAUUUAUACUUAUGCAUGUGCGCCCAGCAUAGGCACACCGCACUGUUGCGGGGAGGUGAACGUGCAAGACAAUGGAACCUUUCCCUUGAGCGCUUACUCUGACUUUUGUACAGUGCGUACGCGCACGGACUUGACGGACAUCGUCGACGUCGAUCUCAACCAUCGACCAACAGAACCUCGCACUUCGUUGUCGCACGGUACUGGCACACUGAGUCUCCUACUCUCAUGCUCGGCUGUCUAUACCGAGCUUGCCCGUCACAUAUACUCUAAUUGGCAAAUUGUCAUUCGUGCUAAAGAUGACGCUAGUCUUGCUGCACUCAGCAGGUUACGAGUGAGCUCAAUUCAUGCUUUAAGGCGGCUCACCAUUGACCUGAAUGCGACUUCUUGUGGAGAUGGCUGGGGAUGCCAAGACGAAGAAGAUCCCGACUAUGCCAUUCGCAACGAAUCGGAGCCUCUCGAAACUGUCUCAGUUCGAGAAGACACCCGACGAAGCUACAGCGAGCGUACUAAUGGCCAUCUCAGCCCCUUAGCGAUCUUCGAUUACUCUCGGUCACGGCCGCUCACAGUUACAAACCGACUUCACAAAGCUGUCCUCGAGAAUUGGAACCAAAUUUGGGCCGAUAUUCGGCCACAACUCCAGCUUGGGACACUAGAGCUGGACUUCAUGUGUGACGUUAACGACGUCGAGACCGCAGAGUUCGCGUUAAAACCUUUUCUGACAGAAAGCCGGCCUUACAUGGCCAAAUGCAACAUUAGGCUCGCUCGUCGCAGGGUUGAAGUGCUCAGACAGCUAGCUCAAUUAGCAGUCCAGCGGACUGUGUACUCUACCGAGUCACAUCUGAAGUCGCCGGAAAGCAGAAGAUCUAAUGACUCAAUCACAUUCAUGGAUCUUCCGGCGGAAGUCCGUCAACAUAUUCUCGCAUACACAGAUCUCGUCGCCCCUGGGAAAGAAGUAGAGUGGAAUCCGUAUCACGGCUGGUACCGCAGACAUGGCGGAGCAGGAGGAACGUGGACAGAAAGCAAACACGAUCCCCUCCUGCAUCUCCACCCGAUCGCUAAGGACAAGAGUGGUCUUCUUGACGAUGCUCGCAGAUAUCACAAAACUCCAUACCGACGCAGAUAUUGUCAAGAGAAGCUUGGCGGGCGGGGCUGUUUCUGCAAAAGUCGCCACACAGUAUACUCAAGUUACAGCAAGCUCAAUUGUUGGGCCCCACCAACACUAUUGUUUCUAGUGAACUCAACUUUUCGACAGGAUGCAUUGCAGAUCUUCUUCGGACAAAACCGCAUCGUAGUCUGGCCGACCAAAAAGCUGUUGUCUCCGGAUCCUGUGCUGCAAGCCCCUAGUCGAUUGCACAUUUCGAAUUUCCUCAACGACGUGGUCCCGAAGGAUGCUCUUCGCUACUUACGCCACCUUGAAAUCGCCUUCGAGGAAUUCGCUAGUGUUGGGCAUCUGACAUGGUGUUCGACUGGCAGCCCGGAGCUAGUGGAUUGGGAGCGCACGGUUGAGGAGAUCACGCCACAUCUCGUCUCGUCCAAUCUUGCAAUCAAAGUGGUCUUUCUCCCUAACGCGUGGGUGACCGAUUAUUGUAUCGAGGACGAAAUGCCGGACUGGAGAGUCGUCUUAUCCAGAGAGGAAUUUGAGCAUCGGAAGACAUGCUACUUCAACACCAUAUUACCCUUGCAGCAUUUGAGCGGCCGCAUGAAGCAUUUAUCGAUACAGAUCUACGAUAAUGUGAGGGAUCCUGGAGGGAGUAUAGAAUACAGUGUCGAGUGGCCUCGCGAACUCGUGAGUACGAUAAUGGGGCCUGAGUAUGAGCAUCUCACGGAGCACGACUACGGCUCGAGUGGGAAACCCGUACCGUUAUUCUUACGGACUGGGUACUGGUUCGAAGAUAGCCAAUAUUAUGCGUGAAGCGGACGAAGUCACUGACAUAGUCACGCUUAGCAGUGCAUGGCCUCCCGCAGUCAGAUGAAGAGGGAAACCUUAUAUAGCAAAUGAGCUACUUCAACUUUGACGUCGCGAUACUGUCUGGACAUCGGCCUGAUCGAUGGUGAUCGCCGCAUGUUAGUGUGCAGAAAUGAAGAGCGCAAUGUGGGUUAAUGCCGGUCCAUAGGUGCUACGUGACCCCAAUACAUGCCGCUCAGGGCUCCUUGAGUAGUUCAGAUCACUCGUGUCAUGCCAGGGCAUUGU